UGGGGACAGCGUCAUGGCCACACCACACCACACCCACACAGGCACAGGGCAAGUGCAGGAAUCAGCUGCCCAACCCAAGCAAAGAUCCCCGAAACCAAAGCAAGACACAAAAACGAGCAAAACAACAGCAAAAGGAGCGAGAGAAAAAAAUAAAAAUAAAAAACUCACGCAAAAUCCCCCCCACUUCACUCCUCCCCUGUCCGCCUCCUCUCCUCCCCCUCAAACUGUAAACACUAAACACUGCUUCACCAGUUCGCUGCUGCGUCUCCUCGUCCUCGCAGGCGCGUCGUCGAUCCGGAGGGCGCCCGCCGCCGCCGCCGCCGCCGGGAGCGGAGGCUCGAGUAGGAGCGGGAGCUGGGUCGGCGAAUCUGGAGCCCGGGGGACCUGCAUUGCAGCGGGACCGCCGCGCGCACGUAGCCAGAUCUCCCCCGUCCCCUGCCGCGGCACCGGCACGGCAUGGUGGCUGCCGCGGCGGCGGCCACCGCGCCAGAUCCGGCCCACCACUCGCGCCCGCCGCUCACGCCGGCGCUCGACAAGCCCAACUCCGCCGCCGCGCGGAGGAACUCGCAGCGCUCCAACAAGCCCGUCUCAUCCAGGUACCUGUCCGCCGCCGCCGCCGCGUCCCCGGCCUCCUCCACUUCGUCCUCCACGUCGUCGUCUUCUUCGUCCUCGUCGCGCCGCUCUCUCUCAGCGCAGCGCACCCGGGCGUCCACUCCGCCGCCGCAGCACUCCACGUCGCCCACCACCAUCACAGCGUCGGCGUCGGCAGCAUCCGCUACUGCGACCACGAUGCGGAGCCUCUCCGUGUCGUUCCAAGGGGAGUCCUUCUUCUACAAGACGUCGCGCGCCCCGCGGGCCUCGUCGCCGUCCUCACCGGCAGCGCGCCGCGGGCCCACGCCGGAGCGCAGGAAGAGCGUCUCCUCCGUGCCGGAGGCCGAGAACGCGCGGCCGUCGGGACGAUGGCCGGCGGCGAAGCCCAAGGCGUCGGACCCGCUCGCGCGCAGCCUCGACUGCAGCCUCGACCGCAAGGACUCCAUCCUCGCCGCCGUUCACCUCCUCCGUCGCUCUAUGGCCUUCGACUCCACCACAUCCCUCUCGCCGUCCGACCCGGCAGUUGCAGCCGCUCCAGACCUCUCCGCGUCCUCCGACACCGACAGCGUCUCAUCUGGUAGCAACUCAGGCGCCGGUGAUCCCCCGCGCCGCGGCAUCAGCGUGCCGGCGAGGUUCUGGCAGGAAACCAACAGCCGCCUGCGCCGGCUUCCAGAGCCCGGGCUGCCGCUACCGUCGUCUGGCCGGAGGUCGUUUUCAGACAGCCCAAUGUCACCGAGGCUGCCAGGCCGGUCUCCAUCUCCAUGCCGUGGAAGCAGGGGUGCCGCGAGUCCAUCAAGAGGGCGCAGUGGGGAGGUGUCGCCAAAUGGGCAUAUGGUGCAGGCUCCAGCAAAUGCGCCGUCUAUCAUCAGCUUUGCAGCAGAGGUGAGAAGGGCGAAAAAGGGCGAGAACAGAAUUGAGGAGGCACACAGAUUGCGGCUGCUGGACAAUCGGCAUUUGCAGUGGCGAUGCAUCAACGCUCGGACAGAUGCAACGCUUCUGGUGCAGAGCUUCACUGCUGAGAAAACCCUUCACAGUGCAUGGAAAGAAAUAUCAAGAUUGCGUGACAUCGUCAGCACCAGAAGGAGCAGACUCCAGCUUCAAAAGCAAAAACUCAAGCUGUUUGCUAUUCUUAGGGGACAGAUGUCAUAUCUAGAGGACUGGUCUCACAUUGAAAAACAUCAUUCAAGUGCUUUAUCAGCAGCCAUCAAAGCUCUGAAGGCUAGUACUCUUCGUCUUCCAGUUGUUGAUGGUGCAAAGGCUGAUGCGCAAGCUGUGAAGGAAGCAGUUAAUUCAGCAGUGGAUGUAAUGCACACAAUGACAUCCUCGAUAUGUAAUUUGCUGUCUAAGGUUGAGGGAACAAGCUCUGUGGUGUCUGAGCUUGCCAAACUUGCAACACAAGAACAAAUGUUGUUGGACCAAUCAAAGGAUCUCUUAUCCACGGUUGCAGCAAUACAUGUCAAAAACUGCAGUUUGCAAACUCAUAUGCUUCAACGAAACCAAAAGCAGAUCCCGACACAAUUGUAGAUCAGUUUGCCUCGCCACGUUGGUGGUCACUAACAUCACACGGCCUCAUGUUUUCUCACUGGAGACUGUGCUACAGGUAAUAAAAAGCUGUAACCAUUUGAUGGGUGUGAAGCGUUUCCUAAUCUGCUCGAUCGACCUCACUGAGUGUAGCUAAUUCAUGUAAUUUUUUGAGUGCAUAUCACAUAGAAGCGGCCUCCUCUUACCUGCAGUCGCUGCAGUUGGUGUAUACAGAAAUCCCUAGCCUUGACCCAAAGAUAAGCUUCCUGUAGAUAUGAAAAGAGCUUGUCGUUUGUGUGCUUACUCUUCUGUGUGGAGUGCUCGAGUGGUGAUGAGUGUUUGUAUUGUUGAAAGGGAGACAGUUGUUGGCUUGAUACAGGUGUUUUCAUGGCAAAAUAUUAACACGGAAGUUGUUUAUCCUGACUUGCUCAUGGAGUCAUGGUA